AAUGCUGAAACCGAAAUGGACGUGAAUCUUUCCCUUAAAGUUACAAAUGGUGUAUACGUCUGUAUGCCUCUCUAUAGCGCUGACCUGAAUGAAAACCUCUCGGCGCUACUGAUAUCACUGGAAAGUACGGACGUUAGCGUUUGCGUAAAAAAAGAGCUUGCAUGUCAAGCAACAUUCCAUAAUUUCAAAGUUAAAUUUAUCGACAAUUUCGACGAUCAGGCGCUUAAUGAUACGUGGAUUGAAAGCGAGCCAGGCGAUCCAUCACGCUCCAAUUAUUUUUAUUUUCCGCAAGGCACUUAUCAGUUCGUAUCGCGUGCAACAUCCUCAUCUGACCCGCGUGAAAGUGCAAAUUGGACACUGUCAGUAAAAUGGCAGAUGUGCGGUAUGGUCAUCGAUUUGGAUCACCGGAUUGGCAAGCUUGUUUGGUUGUUGAUAAGCACAUUCUCAUCGCUAACAUCCGAUACAAGCGAGGAAGACUGGGAAGAGUCGGCGAAUGCCUCAUCCACUGCCUAUGGUGAUGAAGAUGAGCAGGACGCAGAAAUAGAUGAAACAGGUGAACUUGGGAGCCUGGCGCAGCCGGUUGAACGAAUCCAGUGGCUCGAAAGAAAAAUGCACGAGCAGUCCGUUUUGGUAACUGAUUUGAUACAGUGUAAGGCAUCGGAACCAGCUAUCGAAAAAGAACGAAGGACACUGCGCAAAUUGGAAUUGGCUCGAUUUAGACAGUUCCGGAAGUCGGUGAUUGAGAAGCUAAAACGUAAUGCAGCGCGACAACGCAGAAAAUUAAUGGAGCCAAAAAAGUCCGAUGAAAUGCAUGAUGCGGAGGAGCAAGCGACGGAGCCACUGUCGGGCGAACAAUCGGAAGAGCUAUCGCAGUCGCUGAGUACUCCAAGAAAGAAGGUAUCACUGGGUUUGCAACUGAGUGGGCUGCAUAAAACUUCCGAUCCGGGACCAUCGAGUGGUCGCUUGUCGGAGGGAAGCACGACAGUUGAUACGGUGAAUAUGAAUAUCGAUGUUCAGGUGAGUAUCGAAUCGGGACUCUGUACUUUGCGAGCGCUCGGAAAACAGGAAGAAGCACUGGGCAUGUCCAAUAAACGUCCUUCAGCGAGGGAUUUGAAAUCGAAAAUGAUGACGCAACCGAACGAAACUGUUACGGUUACAAAACUCGCGAUACCGAGUGUCGACGUCAAGGCCUAUUAUGCAUCGCUUGACCCAAGCCAAGUGCACAAGCAACUACCCCGGCAUAUCCAGUCUGUUUAUUCGCAUAAGUACUCUCGUGGCAGGUAA